AUGUCGUUCGACAACAUCGGGAGCAACAUGAACCUGAGUAUCCACAAGAUAUUCAGCUCGAGGUACAGCGCCCCCACGAAAGUGAGCGACGAUUGCAAACCGGUGGCGAAAAAAAGGAGAUGUACAAUCUCAGUUGCGAAUGAACCAAAUACGCAGCAAAGGAACCACAUAGACUACCUUAACUACAAUUUCAAUAAUGCUUUUACCAAGAGAAGGAAGUAUUCCUCCCCGUAUUCUUUGUCCAACCAAAACAAAAAAUUCACCCCACUAAAGUGCAGAACACAACUGAGAAGCAGCGUCGAUGAGAGCAUUAAGAAGAGUGCCGCUGUUCGAUCUAUAGUGAAAAAAACGAUGAAAAAGAACAAGUCCGAAAUAUAUGAACAUAAUGAAAAGAACUACUUGAAUAUGAGUAAGGCAUAUUACCUUAACAGACUAGAGGGAGCAGGGAGCACUGGCGAGUUAGUCCAUUCGGGACAGGUAGCAGAAUCAACCCAUACACUGCAGAACCCACAAAUGACAGAGCAUAGAAGGAAUUUAAACGAAACGUAUAUCUUGAGUAGCACCACUCAGAGUGUAAACACAAACCCAAAAGGAUACGUUAGCACAAAUGCAGAUAGCCAAAAUACAUUCAGAGAGACCCUCCCCUUGUACAUAAACUCCGAGUCGACAAUUUCUAGCUUUAACUUAGAACGUGAAUUGGAGAAUAAGUUAUACUUAGAAGGAGUUGCACCGAUUGGCAAUGCGAACGGUGCACUACGUAUUUCCCCGGAGGAAAAUAUGCAAAAAAAAAUUGACUUGUAUAAAACGAAUGCCACUGUGACAGAUUACGGGGCACGUCGUCGUGCCCAUCACGUGGGGAAAGACGAUGAGGAGAGAAAAAAAAUAAUUGACAGUCACCCACUGAAGAGAAGACACACGACGCAACUUUUAAGAGAGCAAGAUUUUAGAUACAAUUACUCGGACCCCAAUUAUUUAAAUAAAUAUGUUGAGAGAGAAAAGAAUCACAAGAACAGCACGCGGAGACACAGUGAUGCCAUAAGGUGCAAGUCGGUCAAUGGGCUUUACUACAGUGACGUCACGAAUGAGCCAAGCGUGUACUCCUUCAGGAGCGAAGCGCUCCCCCACAGUUACCACAGUAGUCGACGUUUGGAGUCCUCACGAAAUUAUCACCAGAAGGAGUGCUCCACAGAGAAGGAGUGCUGCACCGAGAAGGACGCCGACAACCCACUCUUCCACACGUGCUUCUUUAAGAACGCGGAGGAGUUCGAAAAUGGAGACAUAAAGCGAAAGGAAAACGUGGAGCCGAUGAACCCGAACGAAGAAAAGGACUCGGUGCUGAAGAACGACGCAGAGUACCUCUUUAGCAGGGGAUUCUUCAAGGAUAUUUAUUCGAACAUCCAGCGAAAAGGAGAGUUGAAUUUCAUCGAUGAGUUGCUGGAAGGAGACGACGAAUACUACAUUAGCAAAAGCAAACUAAACAAAAUUAUCGAAAAUGCAAAAAAUAAAGAAAUGAAGUAUCACUACAUCGAUCGCAUGUUCCUCUAUAGACAUGCAAAAAAUGUCAUUGACGAUGCGGAUUAUGAGACUUACAGGAAUAAGUGUAGAACCCAACACAAGUACUUAGAUGUACCUUUUCCUAAUCUUACCGAAUUAAUGAACCUCAAGUCUGUUGGCAUCUUUGAUGAGGUAGACGACACGGAUGAGUACUACCACGCCGAGGUCAAGCUACUCGAGAGCUAUUACUACACAUCUAGGGGACUUCCACACGAGGGGGAGCAGCAGGAGCAUCAGCAGGAGCAGCAGCAGGAGCAGCAGAAGCAGCAGGGCGAUCUGCAACAGGCAUACAGGAACAACAUGAAAAUGACCGUGCCGGUGGCGAUGCCUAUGGAUGUGGCCCUGGCGAUGAGCAGAGGUCACAAGGGAAGCGAUGAGGAGGCAAUUCUAAUUCAAAAGGGGGAGGAAGCCAAACAGGAGGAUGGUACCACAAAAGAGACAACACUACCGGGGGACGGACUAUUAAAAGAGGACCAACGUGGUGGGGACAACCCGAUCGAACAGAGCAGCAGACUUGGACAGAGCAGCCAUCCUGAACUGAACAGCCAUCCUGAACUGAACAGCCAUCCUGAACUGAACAGCCAUCCUGAACAGAGCAGCCAUCCUGAACUGAGCAGUCAACCGGAACAUAGAAUUGUCUUGUCGAGUAGAAACCCCCCCUUUGAUGAUAGCGAAUAUAAUGAGGACCUUUCCGAGAGGGAGAAAAGGGAGAAAUUAAUUUGCCUGAUGAAUAAAAUGAAGAGAGAAAAGGAUUCGUUUUUUGAAAGGAUCUUAGAUGCACCUGACUUUUCGAAGAUUCUAGAACCCGUUUUUUCCCUAAACGAAAGCUUCCUCCUGUCGCACCAACUAUUUAAUGUGCAGUAUGCAGCCCAGCUAGGACCCGUUGUCUAUCUCAUCAAAACGGAGGAUGAACAUUAUGUAUACAGAGCAAUCGAAGUAAGUAGACUCUUCGAAGAAAAGGUGAAGUCCAUCCUCGAUAAUCAGAAGGUUAAUGACAACUCGAAGGAUAGAAAUGACUACUAUGACUGUUUCUCUAAUGAAAAAUUCCCCUUUCUCCACGAGCUCGACGUUAAGUACUACCUACGCAUCCCCAUGAGCACGGGGUGGAACCACUUUGGCUACCUCAAGAACCAAAACAAUGUGCUCUUUUUCCGCAGACGUAAGAAUGCCUAG